UUCGCAGGUUGCUGAAAUAUCGGGAAAGUAUUAGAUUAACAGUCUCUGGUUUGUAUUAAAUAUUAAUUCUGGUGGUCAUUAUUACCGAAAAAAUACGCUUGAAUACUGGUGCCACCUCAGAUAACUAAAGAUUGCACACCGACACAAUUAUCUCAUUUAAUUGAGAUCUUUUCAAUUCAACAUUGAACUAUUGUACUGCCAUUUCUCUACUAAAGGGGGCAUGUAAAGUUUUCACUGUUACUUUCUAUUUUAUUUUGAUGCCACUCUGAUAAUAAAAAGCUUCUAAGUAACGAUAAUCAAACCAAAAAGUGAACUGCUUGGCUUAUGGGUAUCCAUGUUAUAUUCAAAGGAUAUGCGAAGGUCUAUUGGCAUCAGGGACCAUUUAAACUGUUUAUGGAUGAAAGGCAUUACAUGUUAAAACAAAUCUAUUUGCUGGGUAGUGAGGAGAGUAAACCAUUCACACUAUCUUCUGGUGUUCACAGUUUUCCCUUUCAAUUUCUACUGCCAGAGAAUUUGCCAAGCUCAUUGAAGACGGAAUUUGGACGAAUCAGCUACGACAUAUUGUUAACUGUGGUGAAUCCUUUAGCAUUAAAUCAUGUUUGCAUUAAAUCAAUUCGAGUGAACUAUGCUCUUGAUUUGAAUUCUGAAAUUUCGUAUCAGCAACCAAUCUCCUACACAACACAAUGCAGCAGUUGGUGGAACGUUUGUGGACCGCAAAUGAUUCGAGUAAAAUUUAACACAAAGACGACCGGAUUUCAAAUAGGAAAGCCUCUCAGUUUUCAUUUAAUUGUGGAAAAUGACACCGUGUUCAAGUGUAAGGAUGUUUCCGUGAAACUACGGCAAAUCAUUCGACAUCUAGCCGACGAAGAAGCUAAUACCAUCCGAGUAACGAUUGCUGAAAAAUCGCUAGGUUCUAUCGAAAAGUUAACAGUUCGGAAGUUUGACGAUUUCAUCGACGUGCCAAUAACUUCAUCUUCUUCAGAGGACACAUGUGAUAUAAUAACGACUAACUAUAGAAUUCAGAUAAUUGUUAGAACACCACGCCUACAUGAGGAUUUGAUCGCAGUGAUCCCCAUCGUACUAGGGGUUGUUCCAAUUGGAGGUGAUGUAGUUGAAGUUCUGAAUGUCCUUGAUACACGAUUAUGAGAAAAAUCUUAAGAAUGAAUUCAUUG